UUGGCAAUAGAAUAGCCUGGACUCGAUGCGCCACCCGGGAGCACACUUCAGCAUCCUUCACUCCUUAUGUAAUGUGUUCCCAAGCAGGACACACCAGGCAGGUUUAUUAUCAUGACCUUCGAUAUUUAACUAUAGUUAGCUUCUACAAAUACUGGACGAUAACUGGGAUGAGAAAAAGAACAUUUGCUUUUUAUUUUUUUUUAAGUGUGAUUUUCUGCGAGGUCAGUGUCUGAUAUAAAAAGGAGCUGUGUGUUCCUGCUGUAUCACCAGCCUACGGGACCCACAGCUGCAGCAGCAAGAUGAACCCAGCACUCGUAGCUUUGCUCUUCACAGUGAGCGUCGUCUCCGCUGACCUCAGAGCCCUGUGGCAGUUCAAGAACAUGAUCAAGUGCACCAUCCCCGGGAGUGACCCGCUACACGACUACAACAACUACGGCUGCUACUGCGGGCUGGGGGGCUACGGGACCCCCGUGGACGAGCUGGACAUGUGCUGUAAGAUCCAUGAUGAUUGCUACUCUGCUGCAAAAAACCACCCAGACUGCUUCCCCAUCUUUGACAACCCCUACACGGAGAUCUACUCGUACACCUGCGAAGGAACCACGGUGACAUGCACUAACAAUGACCCCUGUGAGAUGCACAUCUGCGAGUGUGAUCGGAAAGCUGCCAUGUGCUUUUCCAGGUCUGAGUACAACCCUGAAUACAAGGCCCUGGACACCUCGAUAUACUGCAAAUGAAUCAAU